AUGCGUGCCAGCGUCCUGCUCCUGUGCGUGCUGGGUGAGUCCCAGGCAGACACGGAGAAGAUCGUGAACGGCGUGGAGUGUGUUCCGCACUCGCAGCCAUGGCAGGUGGGGCUGUUUGAGGGCACACACCUGCGCUGCGGGGGCGUCCUCAUCGACCGGAGGUGGGUCCUCACGGCUGCGCACUGCCGCGGCAGCAGGUACUGGGUGCGCCUGGGGGAACACAGCCUCAGCCGGCUGGACUGGACGGAGCAGAUCCGGCGCAGCGGCUUCUCCGUGACCCACCCGGGGUCGGGAGCCCCGCAGAACCACGAGCACGACCUCCGGCUCCUGCGGCUGGGCACGCCCGUCCGUCAGACCCGCAGCGUCCGGCCCCUGCCCCUGCCCAGCGCCUGUGUGACCGCCGGCACGGACUGCCACAUCUCGGGCUGGGGCAUCACCAACCAGCCGUGGAGCCCAUUCCCAGACCGGCUCCAGUGCCUCAACCUCUCCACCGUGCCGGACGCCGCCUGCCGGGCCGUGUUCCCGGGGAGGAUCACGGACAACAUGGUGUGCGCCGGCGGCGUCGCGGGAAAGGAUGCCUGCCAGGGUGACUCGGGGGGCCCUCUGGUGUGCGGGGGCGUCCUCCAGGGCCUGGUGUCCUGGGGCUCCGUGGGGCCUUGUGGGCAGAGAGGCGUCCCGGGUGUGUACACGAAGGUCUGCAGAUACGUGGACUGGAUACGGACAGUCAUAAGGAGCAACUGA